CCUGCGGCACACGGGCCGCCCCUCCCCGGCACGGACUGCCCUGCACAUGCCCCUGGUGGCCCCUGCUCUCCCCGUGCACCGAUCCCCCUCCCUGCACACAGGCACAGCCCCCAGCCCCUCGCCCCGCUCUGUGGGCACCGGCACCCCCGCGGGAGGCAGGGCAGGGCACGGCUGGGGGGCUUCAGUGCCUCGAGGGUCUGUCUUGGGAAGAGGUGCUGCCAUGUCCCAGACUCAGCAGAGACCCCCGUGUGUCCCCUGGCCCCUCCCGGCUCAGGAGAGUGGUGCUACCUGAGGAGGAAGAAUUUCCCUAACGCCGCUGCUUGCAGAGCUGUGAGCUGCCGUAAAUCUGCCCUGGUGUUGGCUUGUGGCUCUGCUGCCCCAAGGAUUUGCAGCCCUGGAGCACCAGGCAGCUCUGCCCCACCUCUUCUGCUGCCUCCCCCAGCGUACCUGAGGCUGGGUCUGGGUGGUGGGGGAGUGUGUCCUGCUUGUGCCAUGUGUUCUUGGGACUGUGUAGGGGCUGUGCUGCACUGAUGGGUGGGAGCUGGGGGGUCCCUGCGUGCUCCUUGCUGCACCUCCUGCUUGCAGCCUCCCUGUCACACCACUUCACCCCUGCCCUGCCCCUGCCCUCCUGCUCCCACCAGCCCAGGAUGCUGGGAAAGCACAGCCCCGGGGUCUGGGGGUGCCCUGCAGAGCCGGGGGCUCCCCUCACUGUGCAGUGUCUGGCGCUCAGCCCUGAGAGCCGCGGGGGGGUGGCACGAUGCUCCCCUGCCUGGCUGCUGGGGCCCUGCCAGGCCGCUUUGCUGUUCCUGCUGUUAUUUUUAUCGGAUGUCAUGGAGUCUAUUGCUGGCGCCUGCGGCACCCGCUGCUGCUGGCAGCACGGUCCCCUGUGCUUGGCGGGAGGCCAGGGUCGGGCUGGGAUGGGCUUCCCAGGGCUGGCCCUGCCCACACCUCCCUGCCCGCUGUGGCCCUGGGCCGGCUCUGGCCUGGGCUCUGCUCUGCCUGUUCCUGCUUCCCCUGGGAGCUGGCGCUGCUAUGACCCAGCCCCUGCCCCCAGGGCUCUGCCAGCCUGCAGGGGUGCGGGGCUGAGCCAUGGCGGGGCACGGCCUCUCUGCGGAUGCUGGGCGGGUGCUGGCUGUGGUUCCAGCAGCCCGGAGGUUCCUGCCCUCGGGCUGGGCUCUCGCUGCUGCAGCAGGUUCCCAGCUCCAGCCAGGGGGACGUGUGUGCUCCUGCUCUCCUUGGAGCUUCCUCAAGAGAUCCACGGCCAGGCUCAGCCCCUCCUGCUCUCCUCAGAGCUUCCACAAGUGAUCCCAUCCGUGGCCAGGCUCAGCCCCUCCUGCUCUCCUCAGAGCUUCCAGAAGUGAUCCCAUCCACAGCCAGGCUCAGCCCCUCCUGCUCUCCAAGCUUCCACAAGUGAUCCCCAUCCAUGACCCCUCCUGCUCUCCUCUGAGCUUCCACAAGUGAUCCCAUCCACAGCCAGGCUCAGCCCCUCACUGCUGGCUGUGCACUGGUCCGUGCAGCUUCCCCAGUCCUGUGCCCUGUGCCAGGGGCCCUGAUGGGAGCUGGGGAUGUGAUUGCACAGCAGCUGGUGGAGCAGCGGGGGCUGCACGGGCACCAGUGCCCCCGCACCCUGAAAAUGAUGGGCAUCGGCUUCUGCUUUGUGGGCCCUGUUGUGGGCAGCUGGUACAGGAUCCUGGAUUGGCUCAUCCCAGGGAAUACAAAAGUUGUGGCUGUGAAGAAGGUGAUCCUGGACCAGGGGGCUUUCGCACCGUGCUUCCUUGGCUGCUUCCUGGCUGUCACGGGGGCUGUGAACGGGCUGUCGGUGCAGGAUAACUGGUCCAAGAUCCAGCAGGACUACACGGAUGCCCUGAUGACCAAUUACUAUCUGGCCGCCCGUGCAGAUUGCCAACUUCUACUUCGUGCCCCUGCAGCACAGGCUGGCUGUUGUCCAAUGCGUUGCCAUCGUCUGGAACUGCUACCUGUCCUGGAAAGCGAAUCGGAUGUGAGGCAGAGGCUGUGUCCCAUCCCUGUCCCAGCCUGUGCACUGCCUGACCCCACCACAACUCAGAGUGCAGCAUGCAUGGCCGUGGACAGGCUGGGACACGCAGGGUCCUGGCAGUGACCAGCCCACUCUUUUCUCAGGGAAACACCGUCCCCUAUGGCCACAGCCCCCCUGCCCCAGGGUGCCAGGACAGGCCUGCACCUGCUCCAGCUGUGCUGUGCAGCGGCUCUGCCCACGGUGCACUUUCCAUCCGUGCUCAGCCACCCCUGAGCCCUCGCCUGCACACAGGGUGCCCCUGCCUCCAGCAGGACCAUGGCACGGCCCGAGGGAGAGAGGAGCAGAAAUGGAGCAGGGCUGGCCCUGGGCUAGCUCCAUGGGCACAGAGCUGGGGUCACUGCAGGCUGGGGAUGCUCCCCCUGAAAGUGGGAUUUGCUGUGGCUCUGCUGUGGAUAGUUGGAGCAUCAAUAAAUGGAUCUUCACUUUUGGUUCCCAUGGCCCUGGGCCUUGUGGCCCAGCAGACCCCCAGGCCCUGAA